UCUCUCCCCCUCUCUCUCAGCCGUGCCCCUGGAGGCCAGAGUAAUUGAGAGAGGUGUGGCGGGAGUGUUUUGCUGCUGGAAGCUCCGAAACCCUAGAUAUGGCGGACGGGGUGGACGAGAUGCCAUCGGCCAGGCCGCCUACCCUGCCUUCUCAGCAGGCGUUCAAGCUAUGGCCGCCGAGUCAGGGGACUCGAGAGGCCGUGCGCCAGAAGAUGGCACUCAAGCUAUCGUCGGCAUGUUUCGAGUCUCAGUCGUUCGCGAGGAUAGAGCUCGCUGAUGCACAGGAGCACGCCAGGUUGAUCGAGGAAGCUGCGUUCGGGGCGGCGCAAGAGGCUGAUCGAGUGGGUGACAAGGCCGGGAGUGCAGUGGUUAUGGUGUAUGCGAAGCAUGCAAGUAAGUUGAUGUUGGAGACGCUGCGGACGCAAGGACGGGACAGCGGUGAGCCUGUUACGCCGACGGCAGCAAGGGAGGUGGAGACAGAUGCUGUUGCUACAGAUAAUGGCGGCGCCCUCUCCUCCGAGAGUGAGGAGCAAGCAAUCGGUGACGCAGUGAAGGAAGUCAGGAGUAUUGAUAAAGAAGUACAGACAUUGUUUGAUGUUUCAGGAGGCACAAGGGCUUUUUUAACCAAGGAGCGUGCCGAAGAAUUACUGAAACCUCUAUUUGUUGAGAAUGAUAUUACACAGAUUUGUCUUAGCAACUGGAGUUUUGGACAUGAAUCUGCUGAAGUAGCCGCUCGCGCUCUGUCUGCUUUGAAAGACAGACUCGUGGACGUGAACCUGGCUGACAUCGUCGCUGGCCGGCAAGAAGCAGAGGCUUUGUCUGCCAUGAGUACUAUCUCAUCUGCUCUUGAAGGCAGUAAGCUGAAGUCCUUGAAUUUAUCAGACAACGCCUUGGGCGAGAAAGGCGUUAGAGCUUUUUCUGCUCUUUUGGGUUCACAAAAUUCAUUGGAAGCUCUCUCCUUCAUGAACAAUGGCAUAUCUGUGGAUGCUGCCCGAGCUAUCCGUGAGAUUCUACCUUCCUCUAAAGAGCUUCGCACUCUUCGAUUUCACAACAACAUGACUGGAGACGAGGGUGCAUUGGAGCUCGCCACCGAAGUGGUUGGAGGUGCUCCUCUUUUGGAACAUUUUCAGUUUUCUUCAAGCAGGGUAGGAAGUGAGGGCGGCGUAGCACUCAUGGAAGCAUUGCAAGCUGGUAAAUCCCUCAAAAUCAUCGACAUUCGGGACAAUAUGUACGGUCCUGAAGGUGGUGCUGCUCUGGCUCUGGCUUUGAGAUCGCAUACCAUGUUGAAGGAGGUAUAUCUGAGUGAUUUGGGUUUAGAAGACGAGGGCGCUCUAGCAGUCGUUAAGGCAUUGACAGAGGCCUCUUCUCAGGUCACAAUUCUUGAGCUUGGUGGCAAUGAAAUCACAGAGAAGGUGGCCCCUGCGUUGGCAACCUGUAUUAGAUCCAUGCGGCACCUAACAAGGUUAAAUCUGAUGGAGAAUGAGUUGAAGGACAGUGGAGUGGUAACGGUUUCUACCGCUAUUGGAGAAGGCCUCGAGAAUCUGCGUGAGCUAGACCUGAGCGUGAAUGAACUUAGUCGCAUUGGAGCUUUGGCAGCCGCUCAAGCAGUGGGAAACAAAAAACACUUCAAGCAUUUAAAUUUGAACGGCAACCAGAUCUCUGAGCAAGGUGUUGAAGCUGUGCAGGAAAUGCUUAGGAAGAGUGUGGCAGGUGUGGAUGUUUUGGGUCCUUUGGAUGAGAAUGAGCCAGAGGGAGAAGAGGACUAUGAAGAGGAUGGCAAAGAUGAUGAGCUAGACGUUGAAGGGUUUUCUGAUUUGAAUGUUGCCGACAAAACCGAUUGAAAAUUGUUGCACUUGCGAAGAAAUGGAGUACUUGCAGUGCUUCCAGCCGAAUUUGUGCGAGUGCACGAUGAAUCAAGGCUCCACAGGCAGUGAAUUGCUUUACCCUCAAUUUUGCAGGGUGUCAUAGGUUUCCAUAUACAAGUAGUCAGAGUUGAAGAAGAGUGAUAAUCGAAGUUCGUUUGUUUCAUGAAGUCCCACGUAGGGUACAUCAUUUUCCUUGUCGCGAACAAGUGAGAGCGAGAGGCUUCUUUGUCAGAGCAGGUAAAUUUUAGUUUGGUGUCUGGAUGUGAGCUUUCAGGGAUUUGUCUUCACCGGGAAGUUUUCUAUACAAGUCUGCUGUAGAAGUUUCGACCUCUUGUCAUAGAUGAGAAAAAUGACUUGUUUCAAUUUAUUUCACUUCACGUCAUUUCCCCUCGAAACACUACUUUGCUGUAUUUGUUCCGCAGUCCUGACGUUUAUUUUUUAUUUUUUACCUUCCUUCCCCUUG